AUGUUCGGAAUUACUUCGAGGAUGAUGUUAUGUGGAGAGAAAAUAAGUGAUUAUGAUAUGAUCGAGAAAACUCUCUCCACGUUCCAUCCUGAAAAUGUAAUCCUGCAACAACAAUACCGAGUGAGUGGAUAUACCCGUUACUCGGAGUUGAUGCAAGUCCUCCUUGUAGCGGAGCAGAAUAAUCAACUCGUGACUUUAAACCAUCAAGCUCGUCCCACUGGAUCUGCUCCAUUCCCAGAAGCGAAUGUUGCAUCAUCCAGUUAUGAUAAUAGAAGAGGACGAGGUCGUAGACGUGGUGGAAAUCGUUAUCAUGGUCGUGGAAGAGGACGAGGAAGAAGAUUCCGUCCCUAUGAUGAAAGAAAUAAUAAAGACUUCCACGAAAAUGAAAGGAAUGAAAAGGGCCAGGAUGAUAAAAGGCAAACAGGAAAGGUUUGCUACAGAUGCGGCAUGAAAGGUCAUUGGGUACGUAAUUGUCGUACGCCAAAACAUUUAGCCGAUCUGUAUAGAGAAUCCCAAAAGGGAAAAGAGAAAGGAAGAGGUGAAACUAACUUCAUCUCUGAUGAACCUGGGCCAUCCUUUCAUGGUUUAAACGAUGAUACUCAUCUCGACGUAUCAGACUUUCUGGUUGAACCAGAGAGUAUCGAUGAGUAA